UAACAUUCGCCGGCUGGAUACUCGAAUAUCCCGCGGUUUAUGUCCUUGAUUCCACUCUUGAUAGUGGAAGUGAUAUUUUCGAUGCGCGAACGAUGAAAAAUUGUCUUGGAAGUCAAAAUCUGAAAUUAUAUCGUGCAUUCCUGGAAAAUUUUGAUGCUAACAAUAGUAAUGGUAGCAUGAGUGAUGAACCACCUGGCAUUCCUUCCAAUAUCUGGUACAAUCUCCAACAGGAAAAUGAUCAAGAUGGACAAAAUAAUGAUACGAUAACUGUAAUUUUAAAAAAUAUUUUCGACCCGAGAAUUAAAAAUCAAACAAAUUGGGAUUUAGGAUUUAGAGUUGAAAUUAAUGAUAUUUGUUUGCCUGUUGUUGCUUUGUAA